AUGCCCAGCUCUCAAUUUGAAUCAAAGAAGAUUCCUCCCCCAGUCUCCCCCAAACCGGCUCCUCCCCCCACAGCCCCUAAACCAACCAAACACCUCCACUCUAUAACCACACCCACCUCCCCCCCCUACUCCUCCUCCUCCCCCAACCCCAACGCUAAACCCCCCACCCCUCCCGCCCAGAGUCCCCACACCCCACUCACUCCCCAGAGUCCCCACACCCCCCUCACACCCACCCCUCCACCUAUCAAACCCCCCCGCUCCUCCAUCGGGGGCGUGUCCGUGGACAUGGGAACAGUGGCGGCGGUCAGCGUGGUGAUGUCAGAGGCGGAAUCUGUGCAUCAGAAGCUGGAGGAGACGAGCGCGUCAUUGGCUGCUGCCUUAAAGGCUGUAGAGGACAAGAUACGAGAGGAACAAGAUUGGGUUGCAGAGGAGAAGACGACGGUCAGUAUCCUUGACGACAUCGGCAGCAUGUUUGACGACCUGGCCGACCAGCUUGACGCCAUGUUGGAGUAACCGUGACAACAGAUGGCCGUCCCCGUGUCAACGCAGCCUGCCUCAGGACUUCCUCCUUCCCUCCGCAGGCACAACGCUUCUCUCUCUCUCCAUCCUCCUCUGUCCACUAAAGGACAGAGGACCACUCCAUUACAGAGGAGAACUCUUGGCCGCUAGGCUGUCCUGUCACAGCUUAACAAGCAGUUACAGCCUCAUGUGAUGAAUUGUAGUUAUGGUAUGUGAUGUGUACAUUGUCAGCAUGAAGAGCGUUUAUAUUUACAGAAAACAGGCUCCUCUCUGAGAGAGAGUCAUGCAUUGGUUCAGUCAUAUUAUAAAUAUAUAUAUAUAUAAUAUAUAGAUAUACGAUUUGGUCUUCUCUGUUGAAUGGUUAUGCUGUUGUCAUGUUUAUGAAUCGCUGGAAUUUUAAUGUGACCAAAAUGUAACUCUGCUCCUGAAGUGUGUGUUCUGGAAUUGUGAGUGUUCUGGAAUUGUGAGUGUUCUGGAAUCGUCACUGUUCUGGAAUCGUCACUGUUCUGGAAUCGUCACUGUUCUGGACGGAGAGGAGGAGAUGACAGCUGGUUGGAUGUAAAGGGCUUCGGAAUGGCAGAACUUCCUGUACAAGCCCCGCCUCCAGAGGCCAGAUUCCGAUGUUAUUCUCUCCUCCUUCCAUAACAUACCCCUCCCUCCCUGUUAUUAACACAGCACAGUGUUGAGUCUGGGGUUAGGGCUCUGGUGGGGGGGGGGUCAAGGGUUCUAGAGGAUCAGUACCAUGUUAACCUCUACUGCACAAUAGAGAAAGUAUAGUUUAAGUUUACUUAGCGUGGUUACGGGCUGAUUGAACUGGAACGAAGGGCUCUGUUCAGCCUGGAGAGAUGAAGUGGUACAGAUGGCGGAAUAAGAGGUCCCCUUUGACACGACAUAUACAGCGUCUCGGCAACGUCUCUCUCUCCCCUCACUAUUCUCUCUCUCCCCCCUCACUAUUCUCUCUCUCUCCCCUCACUAUUCUCUCUCUCCCCCCUCACUAUUCUCUCUCUCUCUCCCCCCUCACUAUUCUCUCUCUCCCCCUCACUAUUCUCUCUCUCUCUCUCU